GCGGUGGGCUUCUUCCUGAGCACCGUCGGGUGGGCGGUGCUGGCCGUGACCCUCUUCAACAGCUACUGGAGGGUCUCCAGCGUCUCCGGCAACGUCAUCACCACCUCCACCAUCUACGAGAACCUGUGGCAGAGCUGCGCCACCGACUCCACCGGCGUCCACAACUGCUGGGAGUUCCAGUCCUUGCUCGAGCUGCCCGCAUAUCUGCAAGCUUCGCGGGCCCUCAUGAUCAGUGCAUUGGUCCUGGGUUUCUUAGGGAUCCUGAGCAGCAUGUUGGGUUUACAGUGCACCAAAGUGGCUGAAAAUAACCCCAACGCAAAGGCCAAGAUGGCAGUUGUUGGGGGCUGCUUGUUCAUCCUGGCCGGCCUGUGUGGGAUGGUGACCAUUUCGUGGUAUGCCUUCAAUAUCACCCGUGACUUUUUUAACCCGCUCUAUGCUGGAAUAAAAUAUGAAAUUGGACCUGCCCUCUAUCUAGGCUGGAGUGCUUCCUUGCUGGUGAUCAUAGGAGGUUGUUUUCUGUUCAGUUCGUGUCGGACAAACUCAUCCCAGGACAACAGCUACAUAUAUCCAUACAAGGCACCCAAGAGUGGCAUGUCGGCUCCCAACACCACAGUCUCUCGUCCCCGCAGAGACUCCAACGCUAGCAGUACGGGCAAGUAUGGUAAGAAUGCUUAUGUCUAACCUUGGAAAAGGUGGAUCAGGCAUCCCCUCCCUUAAAAAGACUUUUUGGAUGCCUUCCUGGGAACCCAGAAACCCAAAGACUCUUCCAAAGAUGGCACGUACCAAGGGAGAACCUUGUUUACUCUUCAGUUUGGACUUUCUUGAUGUCGGGAUGACACUCUGAACCUGAAGAUGGACUGAAGGCACGUUUCUGGAUCUGAUCCUGGCCAAUGCCGCAUUGGGCAAAGUUAUUUAUUGCCAAGAAGAGGUGUCUAUGCAUAUGGACUUUUUAUAUGUAUAUAUAUAUAUAUUCAUAUUCAGCAUGGAUGGAACCUACUUCUCAGAUUAUGGAUGCCUCCUGGUCCAGAAUAAUUGAUUUUGCAAAUGACAGGGGUUACCUCCUGUGGCUAGUCAUUCAAGGGGACAUGAGUGUAUGUAUCAGAACAACUGAUCCACGCUUGGAGGACAUCAGAAAUGGAGACCUGCUCAUAAGUGAAAAAUGCUAGUAUAUUCCUAAUAUUGUGGAGAUUCACCCCCCACCCCCCAGUUGGGUGUGUGUUUCCCUCCAGUCAACACUCCUAACUGCUGGAGUUGCUAAAUUGGGAGGUGACCUUUUUAGGGGAAAAUUGAGGUUAACAGUUUUGAUCAAAUGGUAGUUAAUUAUGAUUGCUGUAGAAAGUUCCUCGGUCCUGAAGUCAAGGGGGUCUUGCUUCUAAAUAUCCAGGAAUAAGACCCUAAGUUUUGAAAAGCAUGCUAUAUUCCCAAUGAGGCAUCAGCCAUGCUGGCUGGGAUUCUCAGAGUUCAAGUCCAAGUAUAUCUAGAAGAUACCAGCUGGGGACAUCUGGACUUUCCAGUACCCAAAGUUGCUUUAGCUUUCAUGUAUACCUGAUUCUCCACCUGAAUCACCAAGAGCGGUGUGCGCUUUUCUGUAAUGACCACUGCCACCUUUUCUUAACGUGUCUGUUGCUUGGGCUGCAACAUGCUGCCGACAGUUUGUCAAAUCAAUCUUUUUCCAGCACAGCUCCAGGAGUUAGCUGAGCAACUGGGCCAUGGCUUAUUCUGACUCAUUGUCUUCUGUGAAUUGACGAUCUGGGUUGGAGGGUCUGAACGUAUGGAUGUUCUGAGAACCACUUUUCCCCAAAGCAGCGGACGGGACGGAAUUUUGCAGCAGGCCAUCUGCGCCCCCGCCC